UAUACACUAAGAUAGGCAGAAAACUUUGGCAUGGUUAAAGGGUCAUUACUCAUUACAGUAACAGUAAUUUAAUUCGAGCUAAUUUGCUAAAGUACCAGCAAAAUGUAUCCUGCAGUAGAUGAACAUGAAGAGGUAUACGCAGCUCAUCAUAGACAUCCAGGUUAUGUUCUACCAGUUGUGGUGCCUCCAAAUUAUGGCACUCCACAAAUUCCAUCCUAUGCUCCUCCAUACAUCAGCACCAGUGUUAGUGUAAGGGGCCCUGUGAUCAGGACAAAUCGAUGGUCAACCAAUUUGUGCCAUUGUACUGAGGAUCCUGGAAACUGUUUGGUCACUUGCUUCUGCCCCUGUGUUACAUUUGGAUUGAUAGCAGAGAUAGUAGAUAAAGGCAAUACAACUUGCACUUAUGCUGGGGCUAUUUAUGGGACGCUACUGGCUCUUAGCGGGCUUUCAUGCUUGUAUUCUUGCUAUUAUAGGUCCAAACUGAGGGCACAAUAUGACUUACCAGAGGCUCCAUGUAUGGAUUGUUUAGUUCAUUUCUGCUGUGAAACAUGUGCUCUAUGUCAGGAGUAUAGAGAGCUUAAAAACCGUGGAUUUGACUUGAGCAUAGGGUGGGAAGCCAACAUGGAAAGACAAAGACAAGGAGCUAUAGUAUCACCAGUAAUGUCACAAUCUAUGACAAGAUGAAAAGUGAAACCUCUUUAGGAUCCUUUUGGUCACUACCUUGAGAUGGAGCUGUUGGUUAAUUGGUGCUGUUAAUUUCAACUCCUUGUGGUGUAUAUAAUCUGUUUGAUGCUUGGUUUGAGUUUUUUUUAUCAGGAUUUGGUUUGAGUGUUUUUAUUAUUCAAGAGAAAUGCACAUUUGUCUAAAAUUAUCGAAUCCGCAGUUAUCAGGCCUUAUCUUUUACUUGGACAUCCAUUCAAGUUCCAAUCUCAAAUUUCAGUCUUAUAAGUCUGUUCGUAAUCCAGAAAUUAUUUUACCCUCAAAGGUCAAAGAAUUGGGCAUACUCAAUAGGACGAUGUUAAGUUGAAUUGCUAAGAAGAUAUAAAGUUAGUAUGCUGGUUGAGGAAGGCUGAAGGAAGAAUGGAGGGAGAAGAUGUCACAAAUUUAAAUCCCUCAACUAACAUUUAUAACAAAACCAACAAAUUCUUAUUGUUAUCUUUUGUGUGUGUCAUUCUUAUCGGUUUAUAGCCUAUCAUGUGAAGAGUAAAGCUCUCUCACCAUCUAUUUUUCGGUUCACUGAACUCUAACUCAACACUCUUCUAUAGAGGAACUAAACUUUAUCA